GUUUGAUCCGGCUGGCGAAACUCAAAUAGAUAAAUAUUUACAUCAUGCAUUUUAUCAGAGACAAAUUUUAAAAUUUUAACAAUUGAAUUAUUGGAAUUGUCUAGGUUUGUUUUCCAAAUUUUUAAUCUCCAAUUCUAUAGUGUGGCUGAUAGUAAACUGUUUCAAACUACUAUGCAAUAAGAUCUGCCCAUUGAUAUUCCUGCACUAUUUCAAUUCCACUUACCCAUUAGAAAAUUGGAAACUAGUUGCUAUCCUGCGACCUGUUAAAAACCAAAGAGAGCAGAACUUAAAGUAUGGAACGUGACGUGAACAAAUAUAAUUGAAGUUAUUUAACCUAAUUUCAAAUAAACACCAAGUUCCUUGUUCCUUUAUGCCAAAGCCCAUAGAGUUGUUGACAUCAGAAUAAAAAAACAUUGGAAUUAUGGCCAAUAGAAAAAAGAGUGCUACUUCAUCGGAAAGCAGUUCAGGUUCAACAUCAGAUUCAUCAAGUUCUAGUUCUUCAUCUAGCGGAUCUGAUUCAUCCUCUUCAAGUGAUUCGGAUUCAUCUAGUUCUCAAGAAUCUAAUAAGCCUCAGUCUGAUUCUGAAGCUAACAAAAAAUCUCAGCUUCAGAAACAAGUGAGAAAAAGUACUGAGACUAAAGUGUUGCUUAAUAAGUCAUCAGAUUCAAAAACCUCUAAAAAUAAACCAAAUCAAAAAUCUAAUAAACCAGCACCUAAAGUUUAUUCUACAGAUGAUGAAGAUGAUAUUAAAAAAUCUUUAAAAAAAAAGAGUAAUGUUAAACCAAAAAGUAGUGCCACUAUUACACCAAAAACAACUUCACAUCCACAGAAAGCUACUUCAAGAGCAGUUGCUAAAGUAACAACAGCAAAAGUAAAAAAAGAGACAAAACCAACUCCCCCUGUUAGGGGUAAAGAACCCCCUAAGAUACAUGCUCAAAAAGUUAAUGCUAGAAGUGCUGAUGCUAAUAAAAAGAAGAGUAUAUUUUCACCAGAAAAUAGUUCAGAGUCUGACUCUAUAAAAGAGAAAAUUCAUAAGGAGGUCUAUUGUAAAGUUAAACCUGAACCUAGAGCUAAGGCUAGGAUUAUCGAAAAAGUUAAAGUGGAAAAAAAGGAGGAGAAAAUUUCACCAAAAAAAGAAAUUGAAUCCUCGGCAAGUUCCGCUUCUACUGCAUCGGGUUCAAGCAGCAGUUCAGAUAGUGAGAGCAGUGCUGAAUCUUCUGAACACAAUCGUAAGAGUGCCAAAAAGCCUGUUAAAAAACCUUCAGUGGUACAUAAAGACACAGCUAAUACUGAUUCAGAGAAUGAUUCUCCAGAAAAGGACCAAGUAACAACCAGAAAGUUAACUAGAUCUGCAAGUACCAGAAAAUCCAAACAUGUUUUGGGUAAAAGUGUUUAUUCAGACACAGAUUCAGAUACAGAAAGCACAAAAAGAUCUUUAUCAAGAUCACCAGUCAAGAAAGGGCACAUAGUUACUAAAGGAAAAACUAAAAAAAGAGGUGAAAGUAAAAAGAAAAACAAUGAGUCUCAAUUAGAAGAAGACCGAACAUGUCCCUUAGAGAAUUGUGAUAGCAAUGGCCAUUUAAGUGGAAAAUAUGACAAACAUUUUACCCUUGAAGGUUGUCCUAAAUAUCACAACCUAACACCAGAAAAGUGCAAGCAAAUGCUCGAAGAGAGAAAGAAACGGGAAGAUGUUAGAAAAAAAGUUUUAGAAUUUCACAAAAAAACACCUAGACCUCAUGCUAAUCAUGAUCAAAAGCAAUAUUUGGAGAGAAUACGGGAUGUGCGUUCUAAAUUUAAAAUCGAACCAAUUGAAGAUAUGAAACCAUGUAUUAAUAGAACAACAGAACCAGACUUAAACAAUUUUGUACCAGAACAUGAUUUAAAAUUGUUUCAAGACGCCCAGGCUUUGGCUAGUGAAAUGAUUGAAGAGGAUUUAAAAAAUUUACCUGGGACCAAAGGUACAAAGUACAUUGAAAUGGGAAAAUUUGAGAUGGAAGUCUGGUAUCAGAGUCCUUACCCCGAAGAUUAUGCCCGAUUACCUAAACUUUACAUAUGCGAAUUUUGUCUGCGAUAUAUGAAAUCACACACUAUUCUUCACCGUCAUGUUGUUAAAUGUGUAUGGCGACAUCCUCCUGGAGAGGAAGUCUAUCGUAAAGAUAAGAUUUCAGUAUGGGAGGUAGAUGGUAAAAGGUACAAACAAUACUGCCAAAAUUUGUGUCUUCUUGCAAAGUUUUUCUUAGAUCAUAAAACUUUAUAUUACGAUGUAGAACCGUUUCUUUUCUACGUAAUGACAAUGGUGGAUAACGAAGGAUGUCACACUGUUGGGUAUUUUAGUAAGGAAAAGAAUUCUUUUUUGAACUACAAUGUCUCAUGUAUCUUAACGUUACCUCCUUAUCAACGUCAAGGAUAUGGGAGACUUCUAAUUGAUUUCAGUUAUCUACUAACCAGGGUCGAAGGCAAAAUUGGUUCUCCAGAAAAACCACUCAGUGAUCUAGGCUUAAUAUCAUAUCGGUCGUAUUGGAAAGACGUCCUUUUAGGGUACCUGUGUUCAAGAGCAGGCACCACUCUUUCUGUGAAAGACAUAAGCCAAGAGAUGGCAAUCCACUCGUACGAUAUUGUAUCCACAUUACAAGCACUGGGUAUGAUGAAAUAUUGGAAAGGAAAGCAUAUUAUACUUAAAAAACAAGAUGUGUUAGAUGAAUAUGUAGAAAGGGUGAAAAAACGGGGGUCUAUGUUGAAGGAAGUGGAUCCAUCAUAUUUAAAAUGGAAUCCACUUCAACCUGC